AUGAGCAGGACGGUUCCUCGCACCCAAGAAGACCGCCGUCUUACCACUCCGGGGCCAGUUCUCCUUCGACAGAGGUCUCCCGAGGAUAUAGCCUGGUUGAGAGAUACGCACAAGACAACGGUGGAAACCCUUUCGAAGAUGACACAGACGAGACUGGUCGAGGACCUCAUGAAGGUCCAACUGCGAUGCCUAGCUAUACACAUGAGCCCAUAUCAGCAGGGUGGCAGCAUCGUCAAGAACGUGGUGCUAGCCGACUGCGACGUCCUGAGCGUCGACUAUCCGGUCCCUAGCGCGAUUCGAAACGCAAUCGAGCCGAAAUAUAUGAAUGACUCGGGCAGCCCGCCUGAGGAGUUCACCCACUUGCGAUACACGGCGGCGACUUGUGAUCCUGACGAAUUCAAUCUUCGCAAUGGCUAUAAUCUCCGCGCAGCGAUGUAUAAUCGUUAUACGGAGCUACUGAUAGCCAUUACUUACUACAAUGAGGACAAAGUCCUCACUGCCCGCACACUCCAUGGAGUAAUGCAAAACGUCCGCGAUAUCGUCCAGUUGAAGAAGACCGAGUUUUGGAACAAAGGAGGACCGGCGUGGCAAAAGAUCGUGGUAUGCUUGGUGUUUGACGGCAUUGGGCCAUGUGAUAAAGAGACACUGGAUGUGCUGGCAACUGUUGGCAUCUACCAGGAUGGGGUCAUGAAACGGGAUGUUGAUGGCCGAGAGACGGUUGCUCAUAUUUUUGAAUAUACAACUCAGCUUUCUGUCACCCCAGCACAGGAACUUAUUCGCCCAAGGACCGGAGACGAAUCAGCAAAAAAUCUACCACCAGUCCAGAUGAUCUUUUGUCUGAAACAGCAGAAUAGCAAAAAGAUCAACUCCCAUCGCUGGCUAUUUAAUGCGUUCGGUCGGAUUUUGAAUCCAGAGGUUUGUAUUCUUAUUGACGCAGGAACCAAGCCGGGCACCAAGUCUCUGCUUUAUUUAUGGGAGGCAUUUUACAAUGAUAGGAACCUCGGAGGUGCUUGUGGAGAGAUCCAUGCCCUCUUGGGACGACGCUGGGAGAAGCUCCUAAACCCCAUCGUGGCUGCACAAAACUUCGAAUACAAAAUCUCCAAUAUCCUGGAUAAGCCACUGGAGAGUGUCUUUGGCUACGUGAGUGUCCUUCCGGGAGCUUUCUCGGCGUACCGAUACCGGGCCAUCAUGGGUCGGCCCCUGGAGCAAUACUUUCAUGGCGACCAUACUUUAUCUGCAAGGCUCGGACCAAAGGGGAUUGAGGGUAUGAAUAUCUUCAAGAAGAACAUGUUUCUUGCAGAGGACCGGAUUCUUUGCUUCGAACUCGUAGCAAAGGCCGGGUUCAAAUGGCAUUUGACAUAUGUGAAGGCCUCCAAGGGUGAGACGGAUGUCCCUGAAGCACCCGCUGAGUUUCUUGGGCAGCGACGACGAUGGCUCAAUGGAUCAUUUGCGGCCGGUCUUUACUCCAUCGUGCAUUUCACUCGAAUCUACAAAAGUGGCCACACCCUAAUUCGGUUGGCCUGGUUGCAUGUGCAGCUCAUCUACAAUCUUCUCCAGCUAGUCAUGACUUGGUUCUCCCUCGCAUCUUACUGGUUAACGACCUCGGUGAUUAUGGACAUUGUUGGCGUUCCUGGUUCAUCAAACAAAAAUCACGGUUGGCCAUUCGGAAAUGACGUGACGCCGAUUGUCAACAAUGUUAUCAAGACAACAUACGUGAUUGUUCUCAUCCAGCAAUAUGUACUGGCACUGGGUAAUCGACCAAAAGGAUCAAAAUUUGCAUAUUUGCUGGCCCUAGUCUAUUUUGCUAUCAUUCAGAUGUAUAUUCUUGUUCUUUCAUUCUAUUUGGUGGCGCAAGCAUUCUCGGGUGGAAGUCUGGGUCUCGAUACCGAUAAUGGGCUCGGUGGCUUUUUAUCUUCUCUAUUCACUUCGACCAGCGGCUUGGUUUUAAUCGCCUUGGUUUCGACAUAUGGCAUCUAUGUUAUUGCCAGCAUUCUCUAUGCUGACCCAUGGCAUAUGAUCACCUCCUCCUGGGCCUACUUCCUCGGGAUGCCCUCUUCGAUCAACGUGUUGAUGGUGUAUGCUUUCUGCAACUGGCACGAUGUAUCCUGGGGGACCAAGGGGUCUGACCAAACAUCUGCCCUCCCCUCAGCACAUACUCACGCUGCAUCCGAUACAUCAUCUACAAAUUUUGUCGAGGAAGCUGAUCAACCGCAGGCAGAUAUCGAUACCGAAUUUGAACUAACUGUCAAGCGAGCCUUGACACCAUUUAAGCCGGCAGUAGAGGAAGAAAAGGGAGACAUGAGUGAUUCUUACAAGACUUUCCGCACUAACUUGGUGCUUUUUUGGAGUCUGUCCAAUGGAUUAUUGGUGCUCUUGAUCAACAAUGCUUCGGUGACCAACCUAUGUCUGACGGUGAUUAACCCCUUUCUUUGA